AGCCAAAAGGCAGGCAGAGAGCAGGAGAGGCACAGAAUCCUGCAUUGGUUCCGAGGCAGCCAGUUACCCUGCAGCCUGUCGUCUGUCCCCAGAGCCAUGGAGAGAGCCAGUCUGAUCCAGAAGGCCAAGUUGGCAGAGCAGGCUGAACGCUAUGAGGACAUGGCAGCCUUCAUGAAGAGCGCCGUGGAAAAGGGUGAGGAGCUAUCCUGUGAAGAGCGCAACCUGCUCUCAGUGGCCUACAAGAAUGUGGUGGGUGGCCAGCGGGCUGCGUGGAGGGUUCUGUCCAGCAUUGAGCAGAAGGGCAAUGAGGAGGGCUCGGAAGAGAAGGGCCCGGAGGUGCGAGAGUACCGGGAGAAGGUGGAGACGGAGCUUCAGGGCGUGUGCGACACGGUGCUGGGCUUGCUGGACUCACACCUCAUCAAGGAGGCCGGUGACGCUGAAAGUCGUGUCUUCUACCUGAAAAUGAAGGGCGAUUACUACCGCUACCUGGCCGAGGUGGCCACCGGUGACGAUAAGAAGCGCAUCAUCGACUCGGCCCGGUCGGCCUACCAGGAGGCCAUGGACAUCAGCAAGAAGGAGAUGCCGCCCACCAACCCCAUCCGCCUGGGCCUGGCCCUGAACUUUUCUGUCUUCCACUAUGAGAUCGCCAACAGCCCAGAGGAGGCCAUCUCGCUGGCUAAGACCACCUUCGACGAGGCAAUGGCUGACCUGCACACCCUAAGUGAGGACUCCUACAAAGAUAGCACCCUCAUCAUGCAGCUGCUGCGGGACAACCUGACGCUGUGGACGGCCGACAACGCCGGGGAAGAGGGGGGCGAGGCUCCCGAGGAGCCCCAGAGCUGAGCCACACCUGCUACCCUCCCUACCCUGCCCUACCCGCUCCAGUCCCUGGCUCCUGGCAGAGAGGACUUGUAUGGGGUGGGAGGCCCGACCCUUCUCUCCAAACACUCUGCCCCAGCCCAGAAAGGCUUCACAGAGAGGAACCAGCAGAGCUGAGGCCACCAGGAGCCAGAGGAUUCCACUAUUCAUGAAGCUGUCAGGUGCUCCUGACCACUAGUCAUCCCACCCAAGCCUGCUCUCUGCUCCCCCACAGGUCCCACCCCUGAACCUAGCCACUUCCUCCCUGCCCCAGCCCCCUCCUGCCCCUACUACUGCCUCUGGAUCUUAGGAAGUGAGGAGUGUCCCACCCUUGUGGCUGAGAACUGAACUGUGUGGCAGAGGCUGGAGAUAGAGUGAAAGAGAGUGUGUGUGUGUGCCUGCGCAACGCAGCGAAUGACAGAGAAAGCAUGUCUGCUGGGUGUGACCCUGUUUCCUCUCAAUAAAGUUCCCCUGUGACA